CCUAUCCGAUUGCCUCCGAGCGUUAGCGCUGCACUUCGCAGCGUCGGAAGCUGCGCGUCGCUAGGCCCGAUUGCUCCACUUCCGUCGUCUCGCCACGCCUCCACCGUCGUCCAGCCGGACUCGGGCUCGACGACGGCCGAAGGCAAAAACAACGGUGACAAAGGCAUGGACAUACCGUGGCUGUCCAGCCCCCGGAGCCAGGCUUCCCUCGUCAUGACGCCUGCAGUACAGAUUCUUGCCUCCUCUCCUCCCGCGUCCACGUGCUCGCCCACUUGCGCCAACCUGCCUCUCCCACCGCCCUCAUCGCCUCAUUCCAGCCUCCCCGGCUGUACCGCCAACUCCUCGACCGGGCCGAUCACUUCUCGGUCCGGCGCAACCGUUGGGCAAGACUCGCUCUUGCCGACCGCUCGCAGAUUCGUCUCGUCUUCCACGCUGCCCUUCAACGCGUCCGAGUCGUCUGCUCCCAUCUCCGACUCCUCUUUCGCCUCGUCAGUUUGCCCCACUUCUGCCCACCAACUGCAGACAAUCGGGCAGAACAACUCGCCGGUCAACUUUGCCCACCAACCGAGCGUCGGAGAGCCGGAAACAAUUGCAACUGUCGCCUCGACGACAACCGUCACAGUCGCCGCAUGCGGACAACAGUCGGCGAUAACCAAUCGAAUUCUACCAAAUCUGACCUUACGUAGACUGUGGGCACCCAACGACGGCUGGUUUCGUCUUCCACCUCCUCCUCGCCUGAUCACUGAAUGGUCAGUAUGUGUAUUUCUAACGAGCCCCAGCACAUGA